AGUGGGAGGGCGCUAACUGUAUAAUGUUUUGUAUUUUAUCAUCCCGUCAAUCUGUCAAACCCACAUAACAGAGAAGACUCCCUACAGAAAGGAUCAAAUUCAGUUUUUGUACACAAAAAAUUUGUAUAUUUUCAACAUGAAGACUUUCGUGGUUCUACUGUUAGCCCUGGCCGUGAGCCGAUUUGAGGCGAAACCGUUCAAUAACUUUUACGACGAAACCGAGGAAGGUAUAUACGAUUUGAAUAUAUAAUCCAUGCUCGUCUAAAUGCUAUUUUCGAGUUAUUAAUGUAUGUUAGGCUAGAUAAGGCUUUCGCUGUGGUUUUUCGACUCUCCUGGUUGGGCUUAGCGUAGUUCAAAGCAACUAUAGAGUAUUCUCCAUUAUAUUCGAGCGGGACACAGCCAGCAAACUGAUAUGUGAAGAGAGUAUAUACGUUAUAUUGAGACAGCAACUUACUGAAGCGGAAAUAUACUACGGUUAAACUGAUUAAAAUAACAAGAAAAUUUUUACGUUUCUGUCUAAAUUUAAAGGGAAAACGUUGCUGUUUAGCCUGUAGCGAUUUGGGGGUUAAAUGGUGGUCAAGUGUAGAUAUUUCAGCGAGUUUUGUAGAGUUAUGUGUAUUCAUUUCAACAAGAUAAUUAAAAGCGCGCAAGCCGUAUUAUAUAUGAACCGUUUAUACGCAUAUUUAAAGCCUAUUUUAAAAUAGCGUCUCUAGCUUUUCUUCGACUGAUUUUGAAAGAAAUGUAAUAUAAGCCCAGAAACGUUUGUGAAUUGAGGAACUUAUGGAAUAUUUUUAUGGCAUGAGGUCAUACAGCGGCUUUAAAGUUCAUUUUGACCAUUUAAUUUCGGCAUAAUUAUUAACAAUUACAAGGGCAAGACGUUGUGGCGCGCCAUAAGUCAUUUGAUCAGGUAGCCAAAAGAAUAAACCGUAUUAUUGGAACUUUAGUUUCACUGGCUUCGUAAAGGGCAAUAGCCAAUACUCUCUCUCUCUAUUUUCUCAUAAUAAAUGUCAAAGUUUAUCGUUUUAUGUAUAUAUGUAAUACGUAUAUAUAUGUAUAUACAAAGCGGGUUAAUUUAACAACAGUUGUCAGCAGCCAUGCAUGAUUCGUGUCUGAACCAAGUUUUAGAGGGACUGUAUAGAUAAAUAGUAAAGAGGGGACGCUAUUUAAAAACUUUAAAAGAAAAACUCAAUUCUCUUUUCCAAUAAAUCAACUAUUUUGGGGGCAACUGAUUGUAAUUGUGUCGGAAUGCACGUACAGAGAAAAUUAUAUAACUGUAUUCUGUAAGGAUAUCUCAAUAGUGGUGGUCAAUAUAUAGUGUACGAACUAUACUGGACAAAGACUAUGAUUUUUCAGGUAGGUCGAAAACUCUAUAGUUUUAGAACACUGUUUUAAGGAAGUCUGCCCUUUCUCUAUAAAAGACGAGUUUUAAAAAACUCUAAUUCGUUGACAGUUUCAAGUGUAUUUUUGCCGAAGAAUGGAGUGUUUUACAUAGACAAAUUAGACCAUUAAAUUGACAGAGAUCUUUGAACGUAAAUGAGUAAAUGUAGUUAUUGAAUACAUUUAGCCUAUUAUGGGCUUAAAUUUAGGAAUAACAGACCGAUGUAUUAAUGAACUUGACCUAAUUUUAUAAUAGACUGAAAUAUAGUUGGAUAUUUCUUAAUUGCAUGACUGCACCCGUGUGAGUGUUAUAAAGAACCGGCUAUAUUAGAAUAUAGUUACAAGAAAGCCUGGCCUACGUCAACCCAUGCAUCGGUGUUAAAAUGUUAAAAAAUCUCCUUCAAUUUGACAGUUCAAAGACGAUUUUUCUGAGGAGGAACAGGCGGUGUACAUGAAUAACAUUACGUCAUCUUGUGUGACAAACAUCUUUGUUUUAAAACAUUUUAUAUUUAAAUGAGCAUAUACAAAAUACUGAGAAUCCACUUCAUGUGUUUGGUCUGUUGUUUUUUCUUACACGGUGAAUUGUUUAAAGCCUUCUAUAGCCUACAUAAUGCGGGCAUGAUUUAUGAAAAGUUGUACGGAGUCCGGUAUACAUGUAUUUUUCCGGACACACACUUCGAUUCUAACUUCUCGACGACGGACGAUGGGCCUUACACAUCGAAGUUCCGUUUGUGUUUUUGAGGUCUCCCAGAGUUUCUGCAUGGGGGUCGAGGAAGUAAGGCAUAUAUUUUGCAAUGCGAAGGCUGGAACGAAGCCGAAUAAGGGAAUAUGUAAGCUUGGGAAACAAGGGAACGUGGUAAAACUUUGUUGGAAACGGGAGACGAAGGGAAUCUUUUCAAGUGAACACCGGAACACAGGCUACCCCAUCCCCACUUUUGAGGUAAUUGUACAAUGCUGUUUGUUUGUUUGUAAGACCAUAUAUACAGUGAAACAUCGAUCCAAUUGAUAAACAUCUCAAUUAAAAUUUCCUUCAAACGUAGUUACACUAUUACACACUUUGAUAAAUGCAUUCCAAAAAAAAACCCAAAGAAAACGUGGGUAGUGUAUAUAGUGUAACUAUAUAAAGCAUCUUUAUACAAAAUGUCGCGACGUGACAGCUUCAAAUUUUUUUUUGUCAAGCGACUCCCACUGUAUAUGUAAAUUUCAGCUUUUCAUUGUGAAAAUUCUGUAUGAUAUUAUUAUGCAUGUUAUUAUAGUUGGGAGUCAUAUAUCAACAGGUAGGAUCUGUUGACUAUAUAUAGCUUCCUGAAGGUUGAGAGUUCGUGUCUCGUGCACUUCCAAUCUUUAUAUGGGCUUCAUCGGGGGGACAACUGGAUUAUUUUUGAAGGUUUAGAGUCUAAGCUGAUGCGUGUGAGCUAGCUCAUAUAAUGACUUCAAUUAAUUUAACCAAAUCAAGGAAUUGGACAUUGUGUGAUACAAAAAAUCUGCAAUUUAACAGGUAGGGCGGUGGCCUUCGGAGAUUUAAUAUUUCUUUUCUAUAAAACGACAAAGAUUCCGCAUUGCCAAGAUUUGUAGAUUUAAGAGUAAGCUCAGCAGAAAUAAUUCAAAUUGCGUGUACUUUGAAAGCUUGCAAAGGAUUUGACUCGCCACCAAUCUGUGCGGGGUAAUUGAUAGCACACCAUUUGGGUGGAAUAGUGGAGUCGAAGAACUCCCGCAUGCCAAUCAAUGUAUAGGCUUGGUAUAGAGCACAGGAAAGCUAUAAUUGAGAUAUAAAUGUGCAUUUAUGUGGACAUAGAACUCGUAUAAGUGGCUUUGAGGCUUAAAUAAAGUUGAAAUAAUAACAAAUACUUAGCUAAGAUUAAGAAAAGUUUAAAUAUUCGUAAUGAUUUAUCAAAUGAUUUUUGGUGCCAAGAAAAAUAUUCGCGUGACACUAGCUAAAUCAUGCCAUUUUCAACUAUGUAUAAAAACCCCAGGAAAUUCACGCAAUUUCGCGACAGCGCUUCGAAAUUCACGCAAUUUCACUUCGAAAAACACAAUGUCAGGGAAAUUCAUUAUAUAGAGAAGGAUAUAGAAAUGAUCAUUAGACUCCCAAGGUCACGGGCGUUUUGACGACCAACUUUCUUUGUAUGAUACAUGUAUUUAAAAAAAGCCUCUGAAUUCAGUAUAGGUGCAGUGUUUUGUUUCAUGUUCAACUUCUUGUUGCUGGCUAUAGACUAUAUAUAGUGCUUCAAUAAGGAGAACAGUUUAGAACUGAUACAUCAAGUUAUCCAGUAUAAAUAAAUAACUACCAUGCAGCCAGUAAUUUAUUUCAAAGGACAAAGCCUUCCUCAGACCAACCAAAUCUUGGAUUUUCGAGAUCCAUCUCUUCGGAAUUUGUUCUACUUUAUAGAAAUAAAAUUAGUUCAUUAAGUUCUCUUCUACCAGGUGAUUCUAUAUAAGCAAAGGAGAACAGUUUGGGUAUAACUCAUUGUGAUAUGAUAUCCAGUUUAAAUAGAGUCAGUUUAGUUUAGUUUUUAGUUUAGUUUCCUCCUGUAAUGAAGUAUAAAAUAAUAUAAAAAAAAUGUGUACGAAACUUCGAGAAGAAUUCGAAGUGGGUUUCUGGGCAUUAAUGCAUCAUUGAUUAUCUUUUUAUACAGUAUUGCCGGUUCAUGCUUUUAAGUUCUCUAACUGCAUAUAAACAAGGAAUUUUAGUUGAGGCAGGAAAAACUGGAAUGCCGAUUUUGCCUAUUUUUAUUUGCCAUUUGUUUGGGUAAUUAGUCACGUUUCCACACUAUGUUUUUUCGAAUUACGUAAACUAGUGCCUGAGAGGUUCUUUAUCUAGCUUUGUUAUGAUAAUAUCUGUACGUUAUUUUUUUUCCACUUUUAAAAAUAGUUUAAAAGAUCUUAUCACAAACGAUCCACGCAAACAUAAAAUAUCUUCCGAUGCAGUGCUGUUUUAAAUUCACCUUACAAAAUUAUUGUGUAACUCUCGAUAGGGUUAUAUUUCACUGGUGCAUGUGAUUGGGUAGAUUUGUGACAUACGAUGGCCACGAGUCGUAAUUUGCAUUAUGUUAUUUCACCCCCCCCCUCCUCCCUGUUCACACGCAUACACACUUCAAUACCAAUGAUGUUUUCCACUUCUGACCAAAAACUCAUCGUGACUUAAAAGUCACUUUUUUGUACAUUUUGUGUAAUAUACUCAUUAUAACGUCACCUUUCCCACAAUUUUUGCUGGUUCCGUACAAUUGUAAAAUCAGCCUUUCAAACCUUCAACAUUUUUACUAAAAUGACUGUCGCUCUUUUUUAUUUAAUGAUGAUUGAUUGCAUCAGACUGAUCUAUAAAGUCAUAAAAUCUAUUGAUAAUAUCUAAAAUCAUUGAUAAUAUCUAAAAUCAUUGCUAAUAUCUAAAAAGCUUUUCUUACUAAUUAUGCAUGAACGUUUUUAAACGUUUUAAAAGCAUGCCUGAUCUUCAGGCAAAAUUCUUCUGAAUUUGUUUGGUAAAAUCUAUAUUCCCACCAGGAUCCAAAUUAAACCUGUCUCACGUUGUUAAUCAAAAUCUUCCAGAUCAUUGUGUCUAUAUUGUCUUCCUUCAGCUCGUCGUUGGCGGCAGAUAAUUAUCUUUGGAAUAUUUUAUGACUCAUAACAAAAGACAUGUGGAAAUUAUUUCUGGCUUUUGUCUUUAUAUAAAUCUGUAGACAUUUCUAAGCCAUGCAGAGCCAGCAGAGACAACAUAUAUCAUAAUACUAACCUUUAUACGAAUAUUUUGUAACUCCUGUCUAUAUAUAAGAUUAAGAAACGUAUAUGUCAUAUGAAAAAACGAUUCCCUUCUAAACUGCCAAUUUUGGAGAAAAUAAACAAUGAUAUAUCAAAAACAAAUAUUUCAGUCGAAAGCCGAUAUUGUAGUACGACGACCGGGUCCAUAUUUUCGGCCUACACAGCCAUGAGCCAAACCUUUCUUUCUAGAUUUCUUUCCGCGGUAACAACUCGCAUGUAUAUUAGGGAUUGUUCCUGCUGCGUGGAUCUCCGCUCUAUACAGAAAACAGUUAAUACUAAUGAACUAUAUUAAACAGAAAGUUAAACGAAGUUUCCUUGAAAGUUAUUGAUUUUCCGACAGAAUAACACACUGCAAAUUUAUCGGCAAGUUCAUUUAGCUUCGCUUUAUUUUUUUGUCAUCGUUUAAUUGUCUUCGUUUUGGGGUGUACAUGACCUUAUUAAAUUAUACCGACUGCCAGAUUUUGUUGCUCUUUGGUGAUUUUGGCAGCAUUAUAUUCAUCUCAAUUAUAAUAUAGCACGGUGAAUAGCUGGGCUUAUAGAUCAAAAGCAUUGCAAUACAAUAUAGAUACACCAUGUUUAUAUGACAAACCAAAACUAUCCAUAAGUUUUGUUAUAAAGUUAGUUUUGCUAUAAAGAGUAUACUGCAUGUGCAUAUAUGUGCAAAAAUGACGUGGCAUAAAACCAUGGUCCAUCAGCCUCGUCCCCAGGCUCCAACUCAGACGCGCGGGUUCCGAUGCAACCAUGAGUGACGUCAGUGCGAUUAAUUUCGUCAUGAAAACUUUGUUUUUAUUUUGUAUAUACUUAGAUUAAAGAUAAACAGCGCAUGUUUUCGUUGAAAAACAGAUGUUUCACACAUGUUUAGAUUUUGGUGUUGUAUAAUACAUGCAUGCAUGUACUUAUCAAAGAAGCUUUAUAUACACUUUCCUAUACCGACAACUGCCUCUUUCCCUUUAUAUUCUCCCUGUAUAGUGUAGACAAACUUCAAACGUGUAGAUUAUAGCAGAAAACACUGUGUAGUUAUUUUUGAACGUAGCUUGGAAACCAAGGGUGGGUAGUAGCGAAGUAGGUUGUAGUUCGCUACUGUAGCGAACUACAAUUUUCAAAAGUAGCCAGCCAGUAGUUUUGACCACUUUUUUAAAACAGUACCUGUAGUUAUAGCGAACUACAUUUUGCCUAAAAGUAGCCAAGUAGUUGACUACUUUUCAAACAGCGAAUCGCUAUUCGCUACUUUUUAAAAUUGUUAACAACUUGAUAGAAUAGUAUGAUAUUCAGACACGGUUUGCUUAAAAUCAAUACUCAAUAGUCAAUUUGCACUCUUGAACACUGUAGUGCUUACAAAAAUGUUGCUUUGUGUUUACUGUUGCUACUCGUAAGUCGAUUUGUUAUAGGUUACAUUUCAGCAUGAGUUAUAGUAGAUGCUCGAAAUACAGUAAAACUAAAAAAUAUAGCAUAGCGAAAUAGUCGCUACAUUUUUAAAGCAGUAGCUGUAUAGUUAGUAGCGAACUACCUUUGUUCAAAAGUAGCAGCAGUAGUUGUAGCUGACUACAUAUUUUUGAAGUAGCUGUAGUUAUAGCGAACUACAAAAAUUUUGUAGUCAACCCACCCUUGUUGGAAACAUUGUUAGUUAUUUCCUAAUGAAAACGAGAGACUAUGGUAGCUUCUAAAUUUUCAUGGGUGCAUGCCGAUUGACUGUUAUAUGAAAUUUGAAACUUCGACUUGUGAAAAUCAAGACCAAUGCUCCAUGACCGUAUAAGUAUAACCUGUCAAGGUAUGAAUGCCCAUGCAGAUCAGUGUUAACUUUCGAAGAAACCACCAUUCUGCAUGUAGUGUUUAUGUAUCGAACCGCAUGUAGUAUUUAUGUAUGUAGGGACUGAUUCGUGGUACGUUCUGCUUGGUAUGGGAUAUGAGAUACAAUACAAUAUAAAAUCACACAAUUUUUAGCUUCGUACAUGUACACUGAAAAAAAAAACAAGACAAUGUCAAGGCAAUUGUCAACACAAUUAAAUGUCAACACAAUUAAAUUGCUGAGACACAAUUAAAUGUCAACACAUUUAAAUUGCUGAGACAGUUUGGAAUGAUAAUUUAAAUUCCUUGUUCAAUUUGCUUACCAAAGCUGGACUAAAAGCAAACCGAUUGUCUUAUAAGUGGGCAAGUGACAGACCCUUAUUAUACAGAUCAGACUGAUCAGUGUUAUAACUUUCGAAUAGACCACCAUUCUGCAUGUAUGUAGUAGUAUAACAGACCUAUUAUAUCGGUUGUAGACCACCAUUCUGCAUGUGAAAUAACACUGGACAUGUAUUGUUCCUGUUGCUUGGAUAUUUGUACAGAAAACAGUUAAUACUAAUGAACUAUAUUAAACAGAAAGUUAAACGAAGUUUCCUUGAAAGUUACUGAUUUCCGACAGAAUAACAAAACUGCAAAUUUAUAUGCAAGUACAUAUAACUUUGCUUUAUUUUUGUUGUCGUUUAGUUUUGGGGUGUGACAUUAAAUAGUUAUAUAAACUGUCUGCCAGAUUUUCUCUCCCCUUGGUUAUUUUGGCAGCAUUAUAUUCAUCAGUGCUAAUAAUUUGGUAUUGUAACAUAGCACGAUGAAGAUCUGAGCUUGUACGGAUCGAAAGCAUUGCAAUAAUAGAUUUCCGUGGUUUAAUAUAGCACGAUAAAUAUAUGGGCUUUUACGAAUCGGAAGUAUUGCAAUAAUAGAUAUACACCAUUCUGCAUGUAGUAUUUAGCUAUCAAACCCAUGUAGGGACUAAUUUAUGCAUGGUACGGUUCCAUUCUACAUGGUAUGGGUGAUUUUAUAAAGCCAGAGAUACAAUACAAUAUAAGAUAAUACAAUAUAAGAUCACACAAUUUUUAGCAUUGCCCAUACUGGAAAAAAUAAGAGGAACUUUUUAGGCAGGAAGAAAAUGUUAACACAAUUAAAUUGCUGAAACAAUUUGAAUGAUAAUUUAAAUUCCUUGUCCAAUUUGUUUACCAAAGUUGGACUAAAAGCUAACCGAUUGAAAUACAAGGCUUAGUCGAAUAUAUUGUCUUUUAUUAUAUAGUAGAGAGUGAGAUACUGAAAAAUACACAGUGAGAUAUUUUCCAUAUCUUCACUAGUGAAGAUAUCGAUCACGUGACUUUUAGUAUUUAUAUAAUUUUUUGCUUGGGAUUUAUAUAAUUUUUUGCUUGGCUUGAAGAUAUUACUUGUAUCUUAUCGUGUUAAAAGCAAUACUUUACUCACUCGCUGCGCUCGUUCGUAAAAUAUUGUUUUCACCACUCGAAGAUAAAAGUCAUAUCGUCUUAUCCUCUAUUAAUACUCUAUAUAUAAAUUGGCAGGAGACAGGCCCUUAUUUAUAUUGUGAGUUUCAGACAUGGUUGAAUAAGCUAGAUAGAACGUGCUGCCCUGAACAAAAAGGGGACGGAAGGAAAUUUUUAAGAGGGUGAAACUAUAAGUCAAAAGGUUCUUUUACAUGAAGACAAGAGGUUUUGUGCAUAUCUAUUUUCAAAUAAGUGGAUAGUAUAGCUGUGACGUGUAUCGGGGUUUCAAACAAAGAGAAUUGUGAGAUGAGAGGAACUUAGUAUUUUCCUUCGAUUCCAGACUUUAUUGUUCACUUUAUUUAAUAAUUAUUUAAAACUGUAAUAUUUAUAUACUAUUGAUAUAAGUUUAGAAAAAGCGUUCAUAACAACAAGUGCAUGAAACGACUGGUGUACUAUGAUUAGACAUACUCAGCUCUCAAUUAUCAAGCCUUUUUAAUUUGAAUUUCGCUUUAAUGAGAUAUUUCAUACCUAAUUCAGAAACCUUAAAACCUUCAACUCUAUAACUGCAAAAAGCACAAUGGGAACUUUCUCUAUCGGGUAAAUACUGGCUGUAUGCGCAUGAUGAGAAAUAAGUCUCUGACUAAAUACGACAAACACCAUGUGAUCCUAUUGCGCUUUGUGUCCCCCCCUUUUUUCGCGGUCACAAAAUCGUUUUCUUAAAAUAGAAUAAAUCCUCCCCAAAGUAUUUCUUCUUAGUAUUCUAAUUGUAUCUGGCAAAUUGUUGGUAUCAGAAUUUAUAUUAACUAUGACAUAGUAUUGGAGUGAAGAAGUUUGUAGCGAACUGAAUAAUUUAAUUAUCCUGGGGUUGACUAUAAUUUGCAGUUUAAUCCUACACCUCAUUUCACCUAGCCUCACGAAUAUUCGUCUGACUCUGGCUACGUUUCACCAUAGUUAGUAGAAAAUAAAAAUGGUUUGGAAGCUUGACAAAAGUCAUUGUUCUAUGUUUUUGUCCAAGUUUAUGGAAAUGUGUGCUCUCGGAUUCUGUAUAAUGAGGUGAUUACCCAAUAAGAACCUUAGUUUCAAUCGCUGAACCGUCAUAUUUGAAUAUAAAUAAACGCAAGACAAAAGAUGUGUGCACUCGGAACUACAUUUCAACAUCAUUUGAAGUUUGAAUAGGAAAUUCUUUGAAAUUUACCGGCCUUCCUAACCAUGUUUAUUUCUAUUAACUAUGGUUUCACCCAAGGCCCUGGUUUUUAAUGAAAUGAACAUUGACACUGCAUCAAAAUACUUAGUACCCGAGCUACUGACAAAUAUUAAAAACCGGUUAAUAUCCACAAAGUAAGCAUAUAUUCAAAUUCUGCGGAAGAAAAAUAAUACCAAUCGUUAAUGGGGAUUGCUAAUUUUUCUUACCAGGAAAAUAUUUAGACUGUGCCUCGAAGCUAUUUGUCCCUUUACUUCGACAUGUGCAUUGUCUCAGAUCUUGUUUAAUUUUACAGCUCCAAACAAUGAGUUGGAACGACUCUAUAAAACAUUCGAAGACAAGUAUCCAUUGGAUAAGGAAGCUCCUGCUAAAGUGACAGAUGAUGAAACCGAAAAGGAAGAAGAUGUUGCUGCACCAAACUGGCAGUGGGCCGAACAAGGGGAGAAUGCCUUAGAGAAAAAGGAUGAAUAUCAGGAUGAGGAAGAAAAGGAAGAAGCAAAAGAAUCUGAAAAUGAAGAAUUUGAAGAUGAGAAUGAUGAAGAUGAGAAUGAUGAAGAUGAGAAUGAUGAAGAUGAGAAUGAUGAAGAUGAGAAUGAUGAAGAUGAGAAUGAUGAAGAUGAGAAUGAUGAAGAUGAGAAUGAUGAAGAUGAGAAUGAUGAAAAAGGUUUGCCAUAUGUUUGAAUAUCUAUGAAAUGAAAUUGCAUGCCACCUUUAUCAGUAAACAAGAACAACGUUAUACUGAAUAGCUUAAAAUGUUACCUUCGAGGCCCAAAAAGAGUCGUACCUUAAUGAUCUGUUAUUACAAGAGGAAUUAAACUAACUGUAUUCAUAGUGGAUUAUUCAGUUCUAAAUCAUGCCUUGUUGGUCUUCUUUCAAUACGGAAGGAAACCAAAGUAUAACCUGGAAAUAUUUAUAGCUGGAUUUACUGAGUAACGCUAUCAGUUUUGUUAACACCUCUCCCAAGAAAUACAAUCGUGUCAUUCCUUUUCAUUUUUAAUUUGAUUUGUUUUAAGUUGAAAAUUGAGGUCGUUUCUUAUUGUAAGCAUAUUUUUUAAGAAAUGACGAUGUUGAAGUUAACAGCAAUAACCAAAACAGAGCAGAAGAUACUCAACCAGCAAUUACGAAAGUUAAAAAAAUAUAUAAUCAUUUUAGUUAAAUGUUAUGCUCGUGUAUUUGGUUACAAAUAAAUAGAAAGAUUUCUUUUAAUAUGUUUCCUUCCGUGUAAAUACCAACAUUUCUAACCGCCAUUUGCUGUCUUGUAUGCAUACUGUAUCUCAUCAAUUUCAAAAAUAUAUGUAAUAAAUAUCUCUCUUACUUACUAGAUGAGGAUUAUGACGAUGAAGAAGAUGAAGAAGCCAAAGAAGACGAAGAACCCAAAGAAGAUGAAGACGAAGAAGAAAAAGAGGAACAAGACGAAGAGGAACAAGACGAAGAGGAAAAAGAGGAAGAAGGGGAAGAAGAAAAGAGCGAAGAAGACGAAGAAGCGAAAGACGAGGUAAAGAUAAAUAAUUGAAAAAAAUCAGGGAUAAUUAUGAUCAUCGUUUUGUACGCAUAACCAGGGAUUGAACUAUGGGGAAAUGUGAUCGAGGAGAAUGUUUGGAUGGAAAGAGAAUGAAUGAAUGAAUGAAAUAUCAUAGUAUCUCACGCUGCAUUGCGAAAUCGUGAAUUUGAGUGAAAUACCGUAAAAAAUCACAUUAUCACGUGGUACAAAUGCUGUUUUUUCAUUGGAUAAUUUGAAUUUGAGAUAUAAUAUUCACUCUAACACCAAUUAUUACCAGAUGUAUUAACACACUUAAAUAUUACGUGUAUUUCAGGAUGAACCAGAGUUAGAAUCUGUAGCAGAACUUGAUAAUGAAGAAUUGGAGAAAGAAGUGGAAAAAGAAUUGAAGGAAUAUGAAGAUGAGGAACGUGAAGAUGAGGAACGUAAAGUGGAAGAAAAGCCAGAAACGGAAGAUGAAUAUGAUGAUGAAGAAGAUGAGGAAGAGGAUGGAGAGGAGGUUAGUAUUGAACAUUGAUAUUUCCUAUCGGCUGGCUGAAAAUUACCUGGAUUUUGUAUUAGUAUAGGUAAUCAUGCGAUGGCGAGUACAAUUAGGGAUUAAUAGUACGAGUGAUGUUUGGAAAUUUUGCCAAAAUUGGACGAGCCGCCGGGGCGAAUCCAAUUUGGCAAAUUUCCAAACAUCACGAGUACUAUUAAUCCCUAAUUGUACGAGCAACAUCGCAUGAUUACUUGUCUAUUAUUAGCAUGACAAAAUUGGAUACGUACUUCUCAAUGUCAACAUCAUAUUCUCUCGCCAAAGCCCAGUCCUGCCAGACGUUCAACCAAAAUUUGGUGCUUUUGUUUGUAUUUUCAUUUAGUUCUUUUGUUCAAGCAAAAUUUGGUGCUUUUGUUUGUAUUUUCAUCUAGGUCCUCCACGGCAAUUUCAUUUCACGCUUGUGUUUAAAAUACCUUUCCGCCAUUUUGUUUGUUUUGGGAAAAUCAUUAAUUGUACUGCAGUAGAAUUAAUGAAAUAAUUAUGCAUGGUAUCACACAAGACAACAGUACUCCAACACAGUUUUUGAUCCUGGAUAGUUUUCCUAAUAGGUUUCUCACAAUUUCGUAUGACAGUUUUUGAUCACCUUUUGACACCUUCAUUUCUGGUAUUAAAAAGUCUCUGAUAACUUUCUGACAACCUUUGUUUUUAUUAGUUUCCCGAAGAGAAAGACGAGGAAGAAAAAGUGAAUGACGAGGAAGAAAAAGUGGAUGACGAGGACGAAAAAGUGGAUGACGAGGACGAAAAAGUGGAUGACGAGGACGAAGAAAAGAAUGACGAGGACGAAGAAAUGAAUGACGUGGAAGAACCUGAGAUUACGAAUGACGAGGAGGAAGAACCUAAGAUUGAUAAUGAAGACGAAUCUGAGGAAGAUGAAGAGAAAUAUGAUGAUGGUAAGUAUAAUACUUUCUAAGACUGGACUUAUUAAGAGUUAAAAUUCACAAUAAUAAUAUUAUUAUAAUUACCAUCUUCAUCAUCAUCAUCAUCACUAUAAUCAUUACCAGCGACAUCAUCAUCACCAUGAUCAUUACAACUAUCAUCAUCUCCUCCAACAUUAUCACCACAUCAUUAUCAUCAUCAUUACCACCGUCGCCAUCAUUAUCAUAUUUUUUAUUUAACCAACGCUUGAGUGGGCGUGGACAUUCGGAAGCAAGAAUAGAUUAUUCUUUAACUGUAACCAAAGAUAAAUGCAGUAGUGUUAUGAAAUCCUAAUGCAAUAGUUUUUCUUUCUUUAUACAACAGCUGAUUUACGGGAUCUUUUCAGAAAAGAGUAAAUUAACAGGUAAAGCAUAUCUAACAACAAAUAAUUAUCAGACAAGCUGCUCGUUAAUACUCGACACUUAAGACGGACCCUCUACAGACGAACAAGUAGUUCUGGACAAGAAGUUUUUAAAAAGUUGACUUGCUCAUGCGUACGUUCAAAAAAAGUUUCUUCUCACGAAUUUUUGCAUUGAGUAUAGCUUUCCUUACUGCUUGAAGUAUAUCAGUAAGAUGAUUUUUGCUCGCUAGUUUAUUUGUAGCUUGAAAGUCAGGAAAUAGCAAGUAUAGGCAACAAUAUAUUGUCGAGCAGGUUUCAUGUUAUUUUCUACAUGGUAGGACAAAAAUGACAGAUAUUCCUUGUUAGUGCCUAAAACGUUUUUCUCCAACAAGUUAAAUUUCUCAUCUUAUAAUUCGACAAAUUGAAAGUAUUUUAACAAACCAACAUGCACACAUUUUAUUCAAGCUAUUCCAAACUAAUUUAAUCUGAUUUCUUUCUUUUUAGAAUAUUUGGAGUUUUUCAUCGCACAGCAUCUAUCCACUUUAAAACUAUAUCAUGUAGAAUAUACAUCGUAGAAUUCUGUAGUUAAUUUUUGACUUGGUUAUAAUAUAAUUUGUGCACUUUUUUGUAAACGUGGCUUUAUUUUUUUCUGUCCGUAUUUUUCUACUUACGUUUAGAAUAUUUAUUAAAAGUAUAUAUAGUUGGCCUGUAUGGGUUGUAUUUAUGUUUAAAGAU